AUGCGGUGGCUCCUCUUCGCGCUCCUCGCGUCUGCCAGUGCUACUACGGUACGGACUCCCAACAACCCGAACAGCCUGAACUCCACGCAGCCGCGGCUUCGCAAGGCCGCCUUUGUGGAAGGCCAUGGUUCCGCAGUGGCUGUAGCCGCCCAGGCACAGGCUCCUGCUGCUCCACCUCCCACUACCGGACCCUCCGCUCAUGAUGUCUGGCGUCUCUUUAGACAGCUCUUAGGCUAUGGGGUGCUGGCCUGUGGCGCUGCUUUCUGGGCUUACUGGGUGCCCGUGAAGCUGCACAGCGAGCACGAGAAGUUCCUGGCUGAGAAGUUGGAGGGCAGAACUUUCAACAUGUACCUGGCAUAUCGCUUCAAUUUUUGGAUGGAUUCCGAGGGCCUUGCAGCCAUGGGCAUCAUACUCGCAGUUGGCGUCCUCUCCCUCCUCACGGCAGGGGCCUUUCUCUAUGCACUGUUUGUAGGGGGCUCGCCAGUCACUGGCCUCUGGAUUUGUUUCGUUUGGGCAUCAGCUGCUUCAGUAGAUCCUGCAGCGCCAGCCAUCAUGGGAUUUGUUGGGAUCCUCUCUACGCUUGGCGGGCUGGUUCUCUUGGCUGUGCUCCUGACAACCAUCUCAGACUACUUUGCCAAGCAGGUUGAGGCCUCAAAAGCCGGCCGUGACCCCGUGGUUGAGGGUGGCCACCUGCUCCUUCUGGGUCACUCUGUGCAGACGAAGCAACUUCUUGAGGAGUUCGCAGCGUGCGAGGCCGAUGACAAGCCCACAACUGUAGUGAUCUUGGCUGGUCAGAAGAAGCAGGAAGUUGAGGAAGAGAUCGUCUCCUGGAACACCGAGCUUGGAGAUCUUAAGCUGGUGGUGCGAAGUGGCAAAUGCUGUGACAAGACAGACCUCUGGAAGGUUGGCGCAGAUUGUGCCAAACGCAUUGUCAUUCCAGAGAAUCCUAACAUGUCCAAGGACGAGUCGGACGCCUCGCAGAUGGGCAUCCUGCUAACCCUGAGAAAUCAGGGGAAGUCUGGCUGGCCAAAUGACGGCCACGUGGCAAUGUCCACCUGUAUCUCCACAAACCGUGCCUACAUGCAGGAGCUAUACAAGGAUAAGGCCUUCAUCCUCACAAGUGAGACGAUUGGCCGUAUGAUGGUGCAAGGUGUUCAAGAUCAGGGCCUUUGCUCUGUCUUCAACCAGCUGACCGGCUUCGACGGCGAUGAAUUCUAUGUGGCCGGCGCGGAGGAGUUGGGUGUGGUGGGCAAGACAUUCCUAGAACUGCCAUUUUGGUUUCCCGUCACUGUUCCCUGGGAGUGGUGCGGGAUGGGGAGUACCUCGUCAACCCCGACAAAUCUUUGGAGGUACAGCAGGAUGACUCAAUCAUCCUCUUGGCGGAUGAUGAUGACGCCAUCCAGCCUGUUGAGGGUUCCUAUUUCGAUUUCGCUCGGUGGGCAGGUGAGCGCAAGCCUGCCGAAUUUCAGGAGGCCAAUGCAAAUGAUGGGGAAACGGUGA